AUGACGAGAAUUCCGGCUACAUCCCUCCGGGGCUUCGUCACCCGUGGCCCACGCAUCACCACGGCGGCAUUCCGACGAACAGGCCUCUACUACAGUACCAUGCGAGCCGCUAAGUACUGGGGCAAAGAAGAUAUUCGAAUCGAGCAGAUCCCUAUACCGGCACUGGCUCCCGCAUUUGUUGGAAUCUGUGGAACAGACCUUCAUGAGUAUAUGGGAGGCCCCAAUUUCUGCCCUACUACACCACAUGGAGUCACAGGAGAGACAAUUCCCGUUACCCUCGGGCAUGAGUUUUCUGGCAUCAUCACAGAGAUCGGCGCCGACGUGAAAGGUUUCGAGAUAGGCCAGCCUUGCACCGUCCAGCCGACCAUAUUCUGUGGCCAUUGCGUUGCUUGCGCAGCCCAUGCCGAAAACGUUUGUCAUGAUGGAGGCUUCGUCGGUCUCAGCGGUGGCGGCGGAGGUCUCAGUGAAGCCGUAUGUGUGAGCGCCACUCACGUCUUCCCAUUGCCUCAGAAUCUGACUCUCGAGAUGGGUGCGUUGGUCGAGCCCAUUGCCGUCUCGUGGCAUGCUGUGAGCGCUGCUCCUGAAAUUGGCGAACAGACUGUUGCGUUGGUUCUCGGAGGUGGUCCGAUCGGAUUGGCGGCCAUUCUCUGCCUCAAGGCCAAGGGUGUCAAGGACAUCAUUGUGUCUGAGGUCGCUACCUCUCGCCAGAACUUUGCACGCCAGUUUGGUGCUUCUGCUAUUGUCAAUCCUGCAACGGAAGAUGUGAAGCAGCUUAUCCUGGAUGCGACCAAUGGCAAAGGCGCCGAUGCUGUUUUCGAUUGUGCCGGAGUGCCUGCAAGCAUCAAAAGUGCAUGCGAGGCCGUCAAAACGAAAGGCACUAUUGUUAAUGUUGCCAUUUGGGAGAAGGAGAUCCCAUUCAACCCUAACCUAAUUACAUUCAAGGAGAGUGUAUACAAGUCCGUUCUAGGAUACGACAAAAAGGACUACCAAGCUGUAAUCGACAAUAUGCGAACUGGCGCUAUCGAGGCAGAACAAAUGAUUACUCGCAAGAUCAAGCUUGAAAAUAUUGUAGAAGAUGGAAUCAAGACAUUAAUCAACGACAAGAAUAAUCAUGUGAAGAUUCUUGUUGAUAUCAAUGACAAAUAA